AUGGCAUCAACCAACAUCGGGUCCUCGCCCGCUCUCACUUUCGAGCUCGUCGCUCGUUGUUCAACAACGAGAGCCCGCGCAUCCGUCCUGACGCUUCCUCAUGGCCUGGUCCAGCUUCCGAUGUUCAUGCCCGUCGCAACGCAAGCUUCGCUCAAAGGCUUGACUCCCGAACAGCUCGAGGAGACGGGCUGCCGUCUGUGCCUGAACAACACUUACCACCUGGGUCUGAAGCCUGGCCAAGAUGUACUGGACAAAAUCGGCGGCGCGCACAAGCUCCAAGGAUGGAAACAUAAUCUUUUGACAGAUAGUGGAGGCUUUCAGAUGGUCAGUCUCCUCAAGUUAGCCAAAAUCACUGAAGAGGGUGUGCGCUUCCUCAGCCCCCAUGACGGCUCGCCCAUGCUUCUAACUCCAGAACAUUCCAUGUCUCUGCAGAAUUCGAUCGGCAGCGACAUUAUGAUGCAGCUCGACGACGUGCUCGUCACGACAUCCCCCGAUGCAGCCCGUAUGCGUGAGGCCAUGGAGCGUAGUGUAAGAUGGCUGGAUCGGUGCAUCGCGGCGCACAAGAACCCGAACACACAGAAUCUCUUCUGCAUCAUUCAGGGCGGUCUUGACCUUGAAAUGCGACGGGAGUGCACAAGGGAGAUGUUGGCGCGCGAUACUCCGGGCAUUGCCAUUGGUGGUUUGAGUGGCGGCGAAGCCAAGACGGAUUACUGCCGUGUUGUCGAGACUUGUACGGAGCUGCUACCGGAUCUUAAGCCUCGAUAUGUCAUGGGCAUCGGAUACCCUGAGGACCUGGUUGUGAGCGUCGCAUUGGGGGCGGACAUGUUCGAUUGUGUCUGGCCUACGCGGACGGCCCGCUUCGGCAACGCAAUCACGAAGCACGGCGUACUGAACAUUCGCAACUGGCGAUUUGAGAACGACUUCGGCCCUAUUGAGGAAGGAUGUGGCUGUAUAUGUUGCCGGAAGAGCGAGGGUGGCCUGGGCAUAACCAGAGCUUUCAUCAACCACAAUGCGGGCAAGGAAACUGUGGCCGCUCACUUGCUGAGCAUACACAACGUCUGGUAUCAGCUGAAUCUCAUGAGAGAGAUCCGGCAAGCUGUCAUCGAAGACAGGUACCCUGCUUAUAUCAGGCAAUUUUUCGGUAAUCUCUACGACGAUAAGUCAAAGUACCCAGAGUGGGCUGUGGUGUCUCUGAAAAGAGUCGGGGUUGAUUUAAUAAACGAGUAA